CGCCGUAGAAGAAAUGGUAGCGCAAUGUAAUGACGUAGGCUGAACGUGUGCCUCUCAUCCCAGCAUCCAAAUGCACACAUGACAGUCAGGUCAAGUCCCUCUGGUCGAUUGGUACGGGUACACUGACAAGAAAAGUUAAAUGAAAGUGAAAGUCAAACAUGUCGUGGGUUAAAUCCGUUUCGGUCAGCGGGGAUGAUGUCUUCGACGAAGACGCGGAUGACAUCAGUUUACAAAACAAAGAGUGGAAGCACAACAUGGAGAAACGAGUCAAGGAUGGUUACGUGGAGGGCAUCGAUUUGGCGAAAGCACAGUUUCUUCAGGUCGGCUUCAACUUGGGGUACCGAGAAGGAGCCUUGAAGACGGUUGCCCUCGGCCGUCUCAAAGGGAUCGUGAGUGCCAUCCAGUGUUGGUGCCAGCAGAGGCCGGCGCCCCUCAACUCCACCCCGGUGUCGGUGAGCGGCUUGCUCCAGCGAGUGGUCCAGCACGAGGAGAGACUGAUGAAGGAGAUGAGGCAAGCGCUGGAGAAGCCCCCUGUGACCGCCAGCACCGUCUCCGAUAGCCUGGAAGACCUGGGGGUCCACCCCGGGGAGGAGGAAGGCGGCCGGGGACCAGGAGGAAAGGACGACGGGUCGGCUGGAGGAUUAGGUGGAGGAGAAGGAGGCGGAGGUUGUGGGGGAGGGGGAUGUGGAGGAGAAGGGGGUGAAGGAGGAGGAUGUGGACAAAAAGGAGGAGAUGGAGGAGGAGGAGGAUGUGGACAAAAAGGAGGAGAUGGAGGCGGAGGAGGAGGAUGUUGUGGGGGAGGGGGAUGUGGAGGAGAAGGGGGUGAAGGAGGAGGAUGUGGACCAAAAGGAGGAGAUGGAGGCGGAGGAGGAGGAUGCAAUAAGACAGACUGCUGCCAGAAAGGAGGAGAGGAAAAGAUGGAGCAAGAACCUCGUUUGAAGGUUUCCUCCUCCUCCAUUUCCUCGUUCUCCUCCUCCAGGAGUUUUGACUCCAGAGAGAGCCUUCUCGAGCUCCUGCGGGCGUGCGAGGACCUUGUGGAUGAGCUGGGGUUACCACGGGAACUAAUUGUGCAACUGCAGUCGUUGAGGAGCACAGCGUGAAAAUAAACACUGAUGAUGAUGUUUUGUUUACAUUAUAAUUUUUUACAAUA